CCUCCUUCUCCUCCCUUUCCUCUCCUCUCUCCUCCUUUCUCUCCCUUUUCUCCUUCUCCCUCUCCUCCCCCCCUCCUCUCUCCCCCCCCCCCCCCCCCCCCCCCCCCCCCCCCCCCCCCCCCCCCCCCCCCCCCCCCCCCCCCCCCCCCCCCCCCCCCCCCCCCCCCCCCCCCCCCCCCCCCCCCCCCCCCCCCCCCCCCCCCCCCCCCCCCCCCCCCCCCCCCCCCCCCCCCCCCCCCCCCCCCCCCCCCCCCCCCCCCCCCCCCCCCCCCCCCCCCCCCCCCCCCCCCCCCCCCCCCCCCCCCCCCCCCCCCCCCCCCCCCCCCCCCCCCCCCCCCCCCCCCCCCCCCCCCCCCCCCCCCCCCCCCCCCCCCCCCCCCCCCCCCCCCCCCCCCCCCCCCCCCCCCCCCCCCCCCCCCCCCCCCCCCCCCCCCCCCCCCCCCCCCCCCCCCCCCCCCCCCCCCCCCCCCCCCCCCCCCCCCCCCCCCCCCCCCCCCCCCCCCCCCCCCCCCCCCCCCCCCCCCCCCCCCCCCCCCCCCCCCCCCCCCCCCCCCCCCCCCCCCCCCCCCCCCCCCCCCCCCCCCCCCCCCCCCCCCCCCCCCCCCCCCCCCCCCCCCCCCCCCCCCCCCCCCCCCCCCCCCCCCCCCCCCCCCCCCCCCCCCCCCCCCCCCCCCCCCCCCCCCCCCCCCCCCCCCCCCCCCCCCCCCCCCCCCCCCCCCCCCCCCCCCCCCCCCCCCCCCCCCCCCCCCCCCCCCCCCCCCCCCCCCCCCCCCCCCCCCCCCCCCCCCCCCCCCCCCCCCCCCCCCCCCCCCCCCCCCCCCCCCCCCCCCCCCCCCCCCCCCCCCCCCCCCCCCCCCCCCCCCCCCCCCCCCCCCCCCCCCCCCCCCCCCCCCCCCCCCCCCCCCCCCCCCCCCCCCCCCCCCCCCCCCCCCCCCCCCCCCCCCCCCCCCCCCCCCCCCCCCCCCCCCCCCCCCCCCCCCCCCCCCCCCCCCCCCCCCCCCCCCCCCCCCCCCCCCCCCCCCCCCCCCCCCCCCCCCCCCCCCCCCCCCCCCCCCCCCCCCCCCCCCCCCCCCCCCCCCCCCCCCCCCCCCCCCCCCCCCCCCCCCCCCCCCCCCCCCCCCCCCCCCCCCCCCCCCCCCCCCCCCCCCCCCCCCCCCCCCCCCCCCCCCCCCCCCCCCCCCCCCCCCCCCCCCCCCCCCCCCCCCCCCCCCCCCCCCCCCCCCCCCCCCCCCCCCCCCCCCCCCCCCCCCCCCCCCCCCCCCCCCCCCCCCCCCCCCCCCCCCCCCCCCCCCCCCCCCCCCCCCCCCCCCCCCCCCCCCCCCCCCCCCCCCCCCCCCCCCCCCCCCCCCCCCCCCCCCCCCCCCCCCCCCCCCCCCCCCCCCCCCCCCCCCCCCCCCCCCCCCCCCCCCCCCCCCCCCCCCCCCCCCCCCCCCCCCCCCCCCCCCCCCCCCCCCCCCCCCCCCCCCCCCCCCCCCCCCCCUU